GCAGUACAGGCCCGACCGACACAGGUUCUGGGCAAGCGCAGUGCUGCCAAUCCGGACCGGGGCGGGGGGGACGAGUCGCCGCAGUGGUCAACAUUGAGCAAAAUUGCAGCAAGGACAGCCUGAUAGAAACCUGUGCUCAACUUGUGUUGUAAACUACUUGCAGUUUUAUGCAAGUACUGUGGCUCUGGAUGUUGUUGGGCAUCGCUGUCGUGGCUUCAGGACUGAGUCAAGGGUUAAUGAGGAGAAAAUGUGCUGCAGUGCACACACAGAUGCCAGAAUUCCAGAAAAAAAAUAUCUACAUUAAGGACCCUGAAAGAGUAGAACAAAUCAUAUGUGGUCUUAUCAAAGGAGGAGCUUCCAAACUUCAGAUAAUCACAGAUUUUGAUAUGACACUGAGCAAGUUCUUCCACAAUGGGAAAAGGUGUCCAACCUGUCACAAUAUUAUUGACAACUGUAAGUUAAUCUCAGAGGACUGUAGGAAAAAGUUGCUCCAAAUUAGGAAUAAAUACUAUCCAAUUGAGGUUGAUCCUACUCUUAAUGCUGAUGACAAGUACCCUUUCAUGGUUGAAUGGUGGACCAAAGCCCACAAUUUACUAAUUGAACAAGGUAUUGAAAAGGCAAAACUGGCUACAGUUGUGAGGGAGUCAGAUGUCAUGCUGAGAGAUGGUUAUGAACUAUUCUUCGAUAAGCUAAACGAACAUAACAUCCCGGUCUUCAUAUUCUCUGCUGGCAUUGGUGAUAUACUAGAGGAGAUUAUUUCUCAGGCUGGUGUCUUUCAUUCAAAUGUGAAGGUAGUCUCCAACUUCAUGGACUUUGAUGAGAAGGGUAUUUUAAAAGGCUUUAAAGGUGAGCUUAUCCAUGUUUAUAAUAAACACGAUGGAGCCAUAAGAAGCUCGGAGUACUUCGAUCAACUAAAGGAGAAUUGUAACAUUAUCCUUCUGGGUGAUUCAUUGGGAGACUUGACCAUGGCAGAUGGUGUUAAAAAUGUUGAAAGCAUUCUCAAGAUUGGAUUCUUAAAUGAUAAAGUGGAAGAAAGUUUAGAAAAGUACAUGGACUCCUAUGAUAUAGUUCUGGUUAAAGAAGAGACAUUAGAUCUGACGAACGCUAUCCUUCAGAAGAUUCUGUGAUAUGAACACUGAAGAUAUACAGGCCUGUGCAAGCUCAAAACCGAAAUACUCUUCUACCAUUCAUGUCAUUUAAUUGAACAGCUUCUUUUUCUUUUUUCUGAAAAUGCUGUUCAUUCUUCAGUACCUGGAACUUAAAAUAUUCUUAAAAUUUGCACGAAUGUGUCUGGAGUGAAUAAAGGGAAUAAUGUGUGUGCUUUAGAAAGAUUGGCAAUUACACAAAUAGAUCAGCCAUGGGCAGAUUUUAAACUACCUCUUAGAUGUAAUAGUUUAAUUUCUGACUUUAACAUUUUAAAAGAAUCUGUGUGUAGUUUUCAGUAUAUGCUCUCUCAAAAGAGAGAAGUAUUGUAAGCUUGAUGUACUAUGGCUACGUUGCCUGUGUAUAUCUAUUGCAAGUUCUGUAUAAGAAACAAGCACUCUGAAGCAGUUUUUGAUUUUUCAAAUGUUUUUUAGAUAACUAAGGAUGCUGUUGGUUUACUUGUCACAGUUUGUGUUGCCUAUUGAAAAUUGUCAUUUGCAUAUUUUAAAAUGAAUGUACAUGAAAGAAAUAUUUGUACAGUACAUUAAAGUUGGUGGAGAG